GACAUGGAUCAAAUCAACAAAGGAUGGUUUAGUGAGAUUAGUGAGUUCUGGCCUGGUAACUCAUUCUCUUUGCAGGUUGAACAGGUGUUGCAUCAACAGAAGACAGAGUAUCAAGAUAUAUUGGUAUUCAAGUCAAAGACAUUCGGCAAUGUGUUGGUGUUGGAUGGAGUUAUACAGGCGACUGAGAGAGACGAGUUUGCUUAUCAAGAGAUGAUUACACAUGUACCAUUGUUUGCUCAUCCAUCACCAAAGAGGGUGUUGGUUGUUGGCGGUGGCGAUGGUGGAGUGCUGCGCGAGGUUGUUAAGCACCCAUUGGUCGAGUCGGUGACCCUGUGCGAGAUUGACGCCGGCGUUAUUGAGGCAUCGCGUCGCUUCCUCCCCAAGAUGGCCGUCGGAUUCGACCAUCCCAAGGUCACACUGUUCAUUGGCGAUGGCCUGGAAUUCAUGCGCCAGCGCAAGGGCGAGUUUGACGUGAUCAUCACCGACUCGUCCGACCCCAUCGGUCCAGCACAAGGCCUGUUUGAGCGCGCCUACUACGAGUUGCUCAAGGAGGCUUUGGCACCAGGUGGCAUCGUCUGUUCACAAGCCGAGAGUCUCUGGCUUCACCUCGACACAAUCAAGAACCUAACAACCUUCUGCAAGGAGAUCUUCCCACAUGUCGAGUAUGCCUACACCUCCAUCCCAUCCUAUCCAGGAGGUUCAAUCGGUUUGUUAGUCUGCAGCACUGCUAACUCAUGUAAAUCACCAGUGCGUCCAGUCACAGCUGACAUGAUUGAUAAGAUGCAGUACUAUAACGAGAGCGUACACAAGGCAUCAUUCGUCUUGCCACAAUUUGCUGUUAAACAACUAAACAUCUAA